AUUGCAGUGAUAAUAUUAUGCACAGCGCAUGCUCCGUAAAUGAUAAGAGGUGCAGUUCUAAAAAUGGAAAGUUCAGUGUUCACGGAUUUAAUUAUUUUAUUAGUCAGUAAACAAUAAACAUGUAUGUGACAGUAGUGGGAAGUGGAAUGCUAAUGGAUUUGUCGUGGUGAGGCUGGGGUGGGUACUCUGCCAUCAGUGGCUUUUCCAAGUCCUCCGUCGACGUCAUGGAUGACUACUCGAGUGCACGAGUCGAAGACAAAUGUGAAAACUGUACCAGAUUGCCUAUGGAUGGAAAUCAUGAAAAAACUAAUGCCAUGGUUUCGCAAGCAGAAGUUUGGCAAGAAGAUAAAAAAUUCACGGUGUAUAAAGUUGUAAUUUGGUCACAGAACGAGUGUUGGCAUGUAUUUAGACGUUAUAAUGAAUUCUACAAACUUAGUGAAAUACUCAAAAAACAAGUGCCUGAUUUAAACUUAAAAAUACCAGGUAAGAAGUUGUUUUGUAACAACAUGGAUCCUUCAUUCAUUGCCUCUCGGCGAGAAGGUCUUGAUCAAUUUGUACAUCAUUUAAUGCAUCAAAACAAUUUACUAAACAUAAUUGAAGUUCGCAAAUUUUUCAAUUUAGAUACUAAAAUUAAAGAACCAAAUAAACCAAUCCUUUUUAAAUGCUGUAGUACAAUACAUUUGGGGCCUUCAGAAAGACCAUCAGCAAAUCCAUCAGAUUUUGUAUUUCUGCAUAUCAUUGGAAAGGGAAGUUUUGGUAAAGUAUUUUUGGCUGAACACAAAAAUGAAAAUACUCACUUUGCUGUCAAAGUGUUGGACAAAAAACACAUACUAGCAAGAAAUGAAGUUAAGCAUAUCAUGUGUGAACGCAAUGUACUUUUAAAAAAUAUCAAUCAUCCAUUUCUUGUUGGCCUUCACUACAGCUUCCAAACCAAAGAUAAACUUUAUUUUGUGCUUGAUUUUGUUAAUGGCGGAGAGUUAUUCUAUCAUUUACAAAAAGAAGUCAGAUUUUCAGAAAACCGAGCCAAGUUUUAUGCUGCUGAAAUAGCAUCAGCUCUUGGAUAUCUUCACUCCAAUGGUAUUAUUUACAGAGACCUCAAACCGGAAAAUCUAUUACUUGACCAAGAAGGACACUUAGUCCUUACUGAUUUUGGAUUUUGUAAAGAAGGUCUUAUGGAAACAGAAACAACAAAUACAUUUUGUGGGACUCCUGAGUAUCUUGCUCCUGAAAUAAUUAGAAAAGAAGCAUAUGGUCGAUCAGUAGACUGGUGGUGUCUUGGGGCAGUGUUAUACGAAAUGUUAUUUGGACUUCCACCAUUUUAUAGUAUAAAUAUACAAGAGAUGUACAAUUUAGUUUUAUAUAGUAGAUUAAAAAUAAAAGGACCCGUCUCAACACAGUGCAAAAAUAUAUUGCAUAAACUAUUGGAAAAACAAUGUAGUAAAAGACUUGGUAGCAAUGCUCAGGAUUUUAAUGAGGUCAAAAAACAUCCAUUUUUCAAAUCAAUUAAUUGGGAAGAUUUAUUGAACAAGCGAAUUGUACCACCUUUUCAACCUCAACUGAAUGGUGUUUGUGAUUUACAAUAUAUUGAUCCACAGUUCACAAAGGAAUCAGUCAGUUCGUCCAUGUCAUCAUUUUGCGAUGAAAACAUUUCGACCAAUAAACUUGAAAUAGAUAAUGUGUUUGCCGGUUUUUCCUAUACCCCACCAUCUAGUCUAGAGAAAUGAUUAACAGAUCCCAAUUGUUCCUACCUGCAUCUCUUUGUAUUUUAAUUCAAUCAAUAUUUACAUCUGACUCGUUGAGUUUGUUGUUAUCUACACUUUCUUAAUUAAUUAAUAGCUGUGAUGUUCGAUACUAAAAUUAAAAUAUUUAUGUUCUUAAGAGGCAAUAGAUAAUAUAUAGAUAAUAUGCUCAUAUUAAUUAUUAAAUAACAUUCCACUUUUAAUACAUUAGCCAUUUGUGUUCAGGCAUUAACUAUGCAUUUUAAUUAGUCAGGGUUUUAAUUAAAAAAGUAAACAAUUAUAUAAAAUUAUAUAUUUUCUUUUUUUAUAAAACUAUUUAAUUCACUGCCAAAUGUUUUGA